CUCAGCUUCCUUCGGCACACCAGACAGCUCCUCGAGACCUCUCAGCCUCAUCCCACAAUAAAUCACCUUUGGAGAGCUUCCGUACUCAUACCAUAUCUACGGCGGUGUUUGGACUCAUCCCUCGAAUCUCAUGAACCACCAUGAUGGGUACUGUCGCUAACUUUAUUACUACAAUACUUCUCACAUUAACCUGCUCGGCAAUUCUUUUUAUCACCUACCGCCAUGCCCUCCGGCCAUUACUGGUGAAGCGCAAUAUCAUCCCUCUAAGAAAUCUUCCUCGGACGUUUUCCGAUACAUUUUCGGCGCAGGGACGCGUCCGGCUUAGGGAUGAUGAUAACCGAGAGACCCGCAACAGAGAUCUAGAGGAAGGCUUCAGAGACGACAGCGAUGACGAUGAUGAUGAUGAUGAAGAAGCUUCCGGUUGGAGAUGAUAGGACAAGAGAACUGCAGCCGAGCGCUUCGGAUUAAAUGUUGAGAAAAGGAGAAACGGAUUAUUGAUCGCGGCCCCAGAGUGGCUGGCAGAAGGAUGGAUGCGAGUUAUUGGCGUGGAAAACCAGGGGUUCCUCAAUGUUGAAAAAUAAUAUUACUUUCUCAUUAUCCCCAAUCAACAAACAUC